AGGCAAACAGGCACCCAAUGUUGAUCAAUAUCGAUUACUUUAAACUGCAUUAAAUACACUAUAGUGUGUAUUGGAAACUUACCUGCCUUUAAAACUGAACUUGGAUAUCUUUUAUUAUUAUAAACGUUAAGAUAUAUUUUGCAGCGAGGAUAAAUGCCUGUUUAUCAUCGGAGCAGGGAAAUGACGGUUUCUGCGAGACCUUAUCCCGGUUAUAAACCGGAAAAAGCUGCAGCAUCACCAAGACCGGUACCGAGAGUAAAACCUGAGGCUGACAGUUUCGCUGCCAAGGCUCGAGGAUCAUUUGAGCUUAAAUAUGGGGCGAAAACAAACCGCACACCGAAACCGGAACCCAAAUGUCAAGGCGAGGCAGCUAUGUCAAAUUAUCAAGCCGGGCGUGGAACAGUAAAUAAACUAAUUGGUGGACGACCGACCCCUCGCUUAAAUUUGUCUCCAAAAGCUGUUCCAAGGGUAAAGCCAGAAGCACAAGGUAUUGCGGAAGUACAUGCUGGAGGUCGCACGGCAGAACUUUUUCAUAAGCAGGGCCAACUUCCGUCGUCUCCGCCACCGGCACCGCGUGUAAAACCGGAAGCAGAAAAAGAUGCAGAGAAGCAUAAAGGUGGUCGUAUGGAUUGUAUCGUUCACAGUCCGAAAAGAUUACCGAGCUCAAAACGAGCGCCGCCAAGAGUUAAACCCGAUGCCGAAAAGACCGCCGAAUUAGGUGCAGGAGUACGAAUGAAAAAGUACAUACAUAAGUAUGCCACACCUUUGUCAACACGUGCAAUACCAAGAGUAAAACCGGAAGCAGAAAACAUUGCAAAAAGUCACGAAGGGAAACCUGCUGCAAAACUGUUACAACAAUAUGGUCAGCAAACGCCUUCUGCAAGACCCGCUCCACGUGUCAAACCGGAAGCAGAAAAUAUUGCAGAACCACACAAAGGAGAUCGGAUGAAUUGUCUGGUCCAUAGCCCAAACAGGCUGCCAAGUUCGGCACGCGCAGCACCCCGUGUGAAAGCAGAAGGGCAAGAAAACGCUGAACUUGAUAAAGGCAAACAAAUUAAUAGACUUAUACAUGAUUAUAGUGCGCCGCCAUCUUCCCGUCCACAUUCACGCGUUAGUACAGAAGGUGAAGAUAAUUACCGCAAGGCACAAGGUACCAUGGGAGUAUUAAUGGGUAGUUAUGGGCAGUUGCCUCUCUCCAGCAGAGGCGUGCCCCGUGUGACAUCAGCAGGUGAGGAGAUAGCCCGAAAAAGCGCAGGUGGGAGAAUGUCUUGGCUUAUGCACGGCGGGAAACGCGGAUAACGGUGCUCUUGCCUGAAAAACAUUUUGACACGUAAUUGUCAAAGAAUUAAUAAAUUUACAAAACAAAAUUUCUUGAAACAAACACGUAUCUAUUUUAGAGAUGAGUGCACGUUAUUAUCCUCAUUUGUGUUAUCUAAAUAUGUCAGCAGCCAAUAGAAUAAAAUUUUCUGGAUACAAUAAGCAGUUUUUUUUUAACUUUUUUUGUAAAUUGUUUCGUAACAGAUGCAUGACGCUCUUAUUUUGUUUUUCUGUACAUUUACUGAACAUUAAAUGGUAUCUCGUU